UCUAACUUGGUAUUUUGUUAACGAACGGAUCCUCCGUCCCUCCACUCCACAAUAGCAGGACGCCACUCCAACUUCUCUCCACCGUCUCCAUCCCUCAUCUUCUUCUUCCUCACCGGUUCUGUUUCAUCGUCUCAGCCAGCCUCUCAGAUGGAUCGCCGGAGAAUGCAGUACGACAGGCAGAAGAGCUCAUCAGGCACGACGCCAACGACGCCGUCCUCGCCGAUCAUGAUGUCGCCGCUCAACCGCCACUCGCGUGCAGGCUCAACCGGCUCCGCCAUGAUCAAUGCAAGGAGAACGCAGAACACCGCCACCAAAGCUGCCGCUCAGAGACUCGCACAGGUCAUGUCGCAUUCAUCAUCCGGAAUCGACGACGAAGAUGACGACGACGACGACAUUGCUCUCGACUAUUCCGCCGCACCAAGCAUUGGCCUCGGUGGUGGUAGACCAAUUCGUCCUCGCUCUCCCAUGUCAGUUCGGAGCGUUCAGGAUCAACCUCCAGCUCCAAGGUCGCGCUCACCAAUGUCAGUUCGCUCUGCUCAAGAACAACCUCCAUCUGCGAGAUCGCGGUCACCAAUGACUGUUCGUUCUGCUCAAGAACAACCUCUAUCUGCAAGAGCACGGUCACCAUUGACGGUUCGUACUGCUCAAGAGCAACCCAUAUCUGUAAGAUCCAUGUCGAGUUUUCGAUCAUCUGCCUCGGCAAAUGCUGCUGCUGACCAAACUCCAACUCGAACAUCCACGGCUGGCAGUCAGGCGGAACAGCAGCAACCGCCAUCUGCACGUUCUACAGGUGCAAUCAGAACCCUGGAUUUUUCUCCCUCUGCUCGCACUAUAGCAAUUUCUCGGGUGCCCAGUGGUAAUGUGAGCAACGAUCAACCUCCAUCUGCUCGCGCAGCCCCUGGCCGUCCCAGCGGGCUUUCUAAGGUAGUUCCCAUGGUGCCACCUAGUGUACCUAUCACACUCAGGCCUGCCUCUUCUAUGGGAAUUCCUCCCUUAGAGCCUCCUUUUGAUAUUAAAAGAGACAGGAGAUUGUCACUUGAUCUGGGGAGUAUGAAAGUAAGAGAAAAUGUGCCUCAGCAGCAGCGUCCUACUUCCGAGCUUGAGGAUGAGCUCGAUAUGCUACAAGAAGAAAAUGACAAUUUGGUUGAAAAGCUUCGACUUGCAGAGGAAAGGUGUGAGGAAGCUGAAUCAAGAGUAAGGCAACUGGAGCUACAGGUUGCUAAUCUCGGAGAAGGUGUAACUUUGGAAGCUCGUCUUUUAAGCAGGCAAGAGGCAGCACUGCAGCAAAGAGAGGCUGCUCUAAGAAAUGCUUCAAGGAAUCGAGGAGGCUUUCAAGACGUUGAAGCUCUUCGGGCGGAUGCUGAGAUUGCAAGGGAGGAGGCGACGUCUGCACUGGAGAAGCUACGGCUUGUGACUCAACGAAUGAUCCUCACCCCCGAAGAAAUGGAAGAGGUUGUGUUGAAGAGGUGUUGGCUAGCUCGGUAUUGGGGUUUGUGCGUUCGACAUGGUAUUCAUGCUGAGAUAGCUGAAGCAAAAUGCAAAUACUGGUCUACAUUCGCCCCUAAUCCAGUUGAAGUUGUAUUAGCUGCGGGAGAGAAAGCUAAACAAGAAACAGAGCUCGAUUUAGAGGAUACAGAAGAUCAACGUGACCUUAAUGAACUUUCUGGAGAGGGUAAUGUUGAGAAUAUGCUUUUUGUCGAGCAGGGUUUGCGGGAACUGGUUUCUCUAAAGGUGGAAGAAGCAUUGGCAGUUGCAAUGGCUCAACACAGGCGUCCAAAUGCAUUGAGAGCUGGUUUUUCAGAUGACCUGAAACUACCAAUUGAAGGGCAGUGUGAUGCAUUUCAGUUGAGCCUGGAGGAGACUGAAGAUGUAUCUUUUAAGAAGGCUUGGCUUACUUAUAUUUGGAGAAGAGCAAAAAGGCAUGAAAUAGAACCUGACAUAGCAGAGGAGCGUCUGCAGCACUGGAUCAAUCGUAACGCCAAGACACCUACCUCACAAGAUGCAGUUGAUGUUGAGCGUGGACUUGCAGAGAUAAAGAAGUUAGGAAUUGAAACGCAACUGUGGGAUGAAUCUCGCAAAGAAUUGGAACAAGAUAUUGACCAUUCCAAAACGCCCAGUCGUUCUGACUUUUGAUACAAAGCUGACAUAGAUUUGUUUCCAAAAUUAUUCCUUUCACAAACUGUUCCACAAUGAACUGUGUUUUAGUUAGGAAAAGAAUUGGAUAAAUAGGCUAUUUUUUCAGUGUAUCAUAUUCAUAAAAACAAUGUUAUCAGUUAUUAUGAUAAUGUAUAAAAUUUUAUGUUAAUAAUAGAUUUGAUUCA